AUGCCCAGGGCCACCGCCAGGCAGGCCCAGGCCCCGGGGCCAAGACAGGACUGUGUGGGGUGUUGGGUUGGGGUUUGGUGUUGUGUUUGGGUUGUGAUUUUGGGGAAGGGGUUUAUGAUGGGUGUGGGUGUUUUUAUAGUGGGGGGGGGAAUUGUUAUGGGGGUUGAGGUGGGUGGGGGGUUGGGGGGGGUGAAUGUGUGGGGGGUAGGGGGGGUAUUAGGGUUGGGGUGA